AAUUUAUAUGUGUGACUGCAGAAACCACUUCACAUUUUAAUUGCAUACAGAACAACUAUAGACUUUGUCUUACAACAAUUCAUAAGAAGAAGAAAAAAAAUGUUAUGUGCCUCUCAAGCAUCACCAACAACCAUUUGCUCAACCAUGGACAAAACCUCACAACCUUCUUCUUCUUCUUCGGCCACGAUCAGGCUCGGUGGUCGAGCCAUCGACCGUCAUAAUCCAAUCAUACGUGACGGUCGGAGACUCACUCCUCCAGCUUCUCCGAACCUUAAUCCCUCUUCUUCAUCUUCUUCUACUUACCAUACUCCUCUUAAGACUAGAUUAGGUCUAGAGAGUAGUGAGCAAAAACGUGCAGCAAAGAGGAAGAGCAAGAAAGGUGACUCUGAUGUUGGUAAGUCACCUUUUAAUAGCGACACUCCACAGGGUUCUUCGAGGUACUUAUUGAGCAACCCGGUUUUCUUUGACGGGUUUGUGGAUUCCGACCCGAUUCCAGUACCUAUCGAUGAACCAGAGAUAACCAAAGCAGCUGAUUUGGAUAACUUUCAUGAAGAUAGACUGAUCAUAAACGCCUCAAAGUAUGUUUCAUCAUCUUCUUCUUUCUUGGAUAAGAAGCAACCCGAUUUCUUCGAAGGGUUCUUGGAUUAUGAACCGGUUCUGUCUCCGGAUAAUCCCUUCUCUGAACCAACAAAAGCUUCUCCUACAGCAUCUCUUAGCUCACUUGAAGAUAAAGAUGUUUCCUCCCCGGAUUUCAAAUUCUCUCCUCCUCCUCCUCCGCCACCUCCUUCUCCUCCUCAAUCGUCGUCGCCGCCGCUACCACCACAGGAGAAAAACUCUUCUUCGGAUCAAGUGGUUGUUCUGAGAGUAUCACUUCAUUGCAAAGGCUGUGCCGGGAAAGUCAAGAAACAUCUAUCGAAAUUGAAAGGAGUGACGUCGUAUAACAUAGACUUCGCAGCAAAGAAGGUUACCGUGAGGGGAGAGGUAACACCGUUGACUGUGUUGGCGAGUAUUUCCAAAGUUAAAAACGCACAGUUUUGGCCUGAGACUAUUACUCAGAACCACUGAAAAGAACCUUGAGGAUGAGACCAGCGGUCUAAAACCAUGGUCACCAUCACAACGCGUGGUCUUCAGAAUGUUACCAAAAU